CUUAAAUUUCAAAAAAAGUAAUAGAAUUUUUUUUAUUUUUCGAAAAACUACAAUUGAAUUUUCAUUACUCUCAUAAACCAACAAGGAAAAUGACAUCUUCCAAAAUAACCACAUUCUUCAAGCCUUCAGCAGACGACAAAAAUGAAGAACCCACCGAUGGAGAUAAACUUCUGCCAACGAAAAAGAAACUGGUCACGAUGGACAAACGUGAGUCUAAGGAAAGUGUACUUCCUUCACGUCUUAGUUAUUAUGAAUAUGUCGAUAUGGAAGUACAAAGAGCUUUGGAUCGAAGAGAUUUUUUAAAAAUUGAAGAGAAUAUUGAUGGCGAAACGGUGGAUGUAACACCAAAGCCCAUCGAUGUGGCAUUUGAUACGGAAGACUAUAAAAAACUGAAAAAGACAUUGGAAUCCAUACAGAAACGCCGUGGCGACUCGGAGGGUUUUAAGGGAACAGCCAGCUCUUUGAUGCGAACUAAAUCAAGCCGUGGUGUGGGCUUUCAUCUGUCAAUGGAAGAUAUCGUAACGGGGAUUGGUAGCGAACGCAUGCUUACCGACUUAAGAACCACAUCAUCCAGCCUCUCGCCUUACAUAGAUGUAUCGAGUUCAUCAUCAUCGUUGUCGUCACUCGAAGAUCAGGCCAAAAAAGAUUUAAAAUCAAAAUUCAACCUCCCCUUCAUACGCGUAGUUCUACGUAAAACCGAACUAAUUCUUCUAUACGAACAACAGAGUAUGACAGCGAUACGAAACACCGAAGAUGGUAACUCCGCCGAGCAGGAUAACAAGCAAUAUGAUUAUUUGACAAUUGGAAAAGGAAAGGUGCGACGACGUUCCGAUGCUGAGACACAGACCAAUGAAACGCUGUUUAAAUCGCGCAAAGUCAAUACAAUACGCAAGGAUACAACAAAUACUGGCAGCUAUGUAUCCUAUUUUGAAAUGUUUGAUACCUAUCGCAAACUUGGAGAGCUAGAUCCAUUUUCGGAAGAGAGUGAAGGAGGCAAAGGAGAAAAAGAAAGUAAUUACCAACAAAAAAUGAGUCCAGAAGAACAAUAUGCCGCCAUUUUAAAAUUGCCCUCCUUUCAUUGGGCCAGCACAGUGGUGAAACGUAUGCUGGCCGGCAACAAUUUUGAAAAAUCCCAAAGAAGAUUUCGUAAUAUGGAUCCCAUACCAAAAACAGUUAGCCAAAUUGAUUACAAAUAUUCUCUGAAGAAUUUAUUUACCAUCCUGCCCUAUGCUCGCGACAAUGAACGUCGAGCUGUAUCAGAUAUGAGUUUCUGCUAUUCGAAUAGUGACAUCCUGGCCGUGGCCUAUGGCAUCUAUUCAUAUCAAGCUGCAAAAUUACCCAAUACGGGAGAGGUGUGCAUUUGGAGCAUAAAAAACCCCUGUGAUCCGGAACGUUACUAUUUCUAUAAUUAUCCGGUGGUCUCAUUGGAGUUUUCACCCUAUAGGGCCAAUUUGUUGGCAAUUGGCUUAUUUGAUGGCACGGUUGAGGUUCGUGAUAUUUCCAGAUUCAAUGAACCCCCUGUGGCCGUGUCACAGCGUAGCUCAUCGCCAGGUGUUGAUCCGGUAUUGGCUAUCAAAUGGAUUAAACAGGCAUCUAGCGCAGAUGGAGGUGAUGAGAUUGAUCCAUUUCUAUCGCUAUCACAAGAUGGUUCGGUAACCCGAUUCCACAUUAUAAGAAGUCCCCAUUUGUUGGGCAACAGACAAAUGGGUUUGGAGAGAAUUGAAGGUAAACCCGAAGGGUUGCCGGUUACGGUCGUCAAUGUUGCCACUCAAGAGGCCAAUCCCCGUCCCCAGUGUUUGAAUUUGACAAAACAUCCUUUACAUCCGGAUAUUUAUUAUAUUUUAACGGAUGAGGGAUGUCUGCACAAGUGUUCCACAAAUUAUCAACAUCAUUAUUUGGAGGUAUUGAAAACCCAUAAGGGUGCCGUAAAUUGUAUGGAUUUUUCACCAUGGUCUCCCAAGUUGUUCCUGACUUGCGGUAAUGACUGGUAUAUUCGAAUUUGGAUGGAGGGCAUAUUUAAGCCGCUGAUAACCUUGCAAAAUAUGUACGGCCCAUAUCAAUGGGCAGGGUGGAGUCGAACACAUUCUACCGUUUUGAUAGCGCUAAAUCGAAAACAAUGUGAAAUUUGGGAUCUAAAGAGAAGCACUCUGAAACCAGUUUCCGUACAUACUUUGGGAUCGUCCUACAAUACUUUGGCGUUAUUUUCACGUGACGGUAAUUCCAUAGCUAUUGGCAAUGAACGUGGCAAAGUUUUCAUGCAGGCUUUCGAAGAGAUGCCAUUCGCACCACACUAUCAAUACGAUGCCCUGGAAAAGGCCAUAUUGAAUGCUGUUAACAAUUUCCCCGAACUCUUGAUUGAAUUGAAAAGUUUGGGCUAUUUUGGUUAUCCCAGCAAGGGUAUGGUUAUACCACCAUAAAAUGUGGAUACACAUAUAUCUGUGUGUAUAUAUAUGUGCUAGUAGAUUAUUUAUAAAUGUGGCAAUUUUUGUAAGCCAUUAAAACCUUAAUUCUUGCAAUGCUAUUAAAUUGGAAACUUAACAAUUUUUUUUUCCGCAGCACAUCAUUCAUCGUUUU